CUGGUAUAAGUAAGUAUCAGAUAAGUAUAUGGUAGGAUUUUCUUCAUUUUUGAUUUAUGAUCUUCUUUUUUUCAUUUUGCUUUCAAUUUUAGAUUUAUUUUCAUCUGUGUUUAAUUACUAAAUUUCUUUUUUGUCUGUGUAAUUUGUUUUUAAAUAUUUUUAAGUGUUUAUUUGAAUACUGUUUUAAUUGAUAGCUAUCAUCGAUGUGGAACUAUACGCCAUCUCUCGUUCUAUUUUUUUUCUUUUCCUCUUCAUACAUGUUACCAAUCAGGCGGGGGUGUCGUUCAUCUGAAGAAGUACCCCAAAAUGUUUAGAAUAUUUAAAAGAUCAUACAAAUAAAAAUGAUGCUCAAAAAAUGAUCGUGAAGAAAUAAAAAUAAUUGAACAAUUAUCAAUUAUUAAAACAAUAAGUGCACCAGAAUCUUUAACAAGAAUAGUUGUUGGAUCAAAACAUGAAACAUUAACAGGUACAAGUUAUAAACAUUCAUGUGGUUCAAAUCGUUCACUAUUAAUUGUACCUGAUGAAGAUUCAAAGAGUCGUUUUAUUGAUGAUCGAAAUUUUCAACCAAUGACUCAAUGA